AUGUCGUUCUUGUCUCGAGUUUUCCGGAGCAAAGACUCCAAUGCCGCCAAGAAGCAGGCCAAGCAGAAUGCCCCUGAAGACACGGCUCCUCCGAAACCCCAAUGGACCGACCCCUACUUGCGCACGGAGGUGUCUCCGGAGGAGGUGCAGGAGUUGCUCAGAGGAUGUACACAGGAGUUGAAGUCACGAGACUCGAACUUUGCCCGCGAUGCUUUUACCACAUUUAUUCCCAUUAGCGUCGAGUCUGAUGCGCGAACCAAGAUCAUCUUCGAUUUCUUUGACCUUCUUGCAGCCAUAGCCGCCCAUGGCAAAUCCAAUGGGCUUGGCGGAAGAAAGCUUUCGAGAUAUGCAGGAUGGUGGGCAUUCGAACAUACGGACACGGGCAAUGGUUUUGAAGCGGCCUACAAGAACUGGACCACUGCCGCGGACGCGACAAGCCAUCUUUUCUUUGCAUACCUGCGCUCUUCGUCUCCAGACUCGAUUCGCGGCAUCAACGGGAUUUCUGCGCUCCCCAUCGCCCUGCAGUCGCUUGUCCAAGCCACCGAAUACCCGCCCCAAACCCCGACCCUUCUCCAAGUGUCGACGACCAAGGUCGUGAUGAUCGUGGACACUGUCUCUCCUACGCCCUUUGCCUUGCUGCGUCGUGCAAAGAACUUCGAAUACAGAGACAGCGAUCGUCAUCUACAGGAAUUCGCCAACUACGAUGACCCUGCCGAUGCGCUGACGGACGAAUGCCAGCGGGUGCUCAAAGCCAUCUCCAGCACCAACCAGUCAUCGGUUUCCUCGUCGAAAACAUCGACUAGCCUGCGGGAUGCGUCAUGGUCUCGUUUCGAGGAUGUGGGAUUCGGCGCCUCCAUCGACUCCGAUCAUGACGAUGACUUGGAAGGUUCCAAGACGAACGGCCUUUUGGAGCUGAGAUCCACUCCUCUUUCUCGCUCUCCUGACCUGGGCCGUCCGACCACUCCUUCCUGGGCCGACUUCCUGUCCACGGGCUUCACUGACGAAAACCCCAUCAAGAGUCCGGCUCCCCUCUUGCUUCCUCCCGAUAAGGUCUUGCCUCCGAUCGCGUCGGUUCGAGGCCAGAGCUCGCAGUCGCAUAAGCGAACCCUUGACACAGAAUCGAAUCUUGACCCGGGUGAGCUUGCCAGCAUAACCACGCUCGACCUGGAUGAUUCGUUCUGGUGGGUUUGGAUUACCAGUUUGUCAGCGGAGGAACCCGCCUCUCGUAAAGCGGUCUUUGGACGGUGCACGUUACUCGAGACAACCAUCGCAGGCGCGAAAUGGCUGAUUCUCGAGGAGCAGGUGAAGGGCGCUGCUCCGGAGCCUGACCCGGGCGCUUAUAUUGCUGAGAAGAAGAGGUUCUUUGGAUUCUCGACGCGCCGGAGACUUACUCGCCGAAAGUCGUCCGGAAAGAAGUCGGUUCCUCAGGAAACGUAUAAACCGAAAAAUUCAGCUGGCCAAGGCAGCAAGACCAGCAUUGGUCCCGACCAGCAUGCACGGAUCCAGGCCGCUGCAGCGGCGCUGCAGAAGAAGCAUCGAGAGCAGGAGGAGCAACGGCAAAAGGAGGCUGCCAGCGAACGUCAAUCCCGGACUGAAGAUCCAGAUUCCAAGACCAACUCGGUGAUGACGAUGCAGCCGAACAUCCUCAGUGAGGCAUCUCAGGCCAUGAAAUGGGCAAGCAAUUACGACAAGGACGCGACGCCCGCUCCCUCAACGCCACCGCAGACAGAGACACAGGCAGCAACACCGCCAGUUCCUCCAAAGGAUUCUCCAAAGCCUGCUAAUGAUGGUGCUGCUGACGCACCUGUCGCAAGUGCUGAACCCGCAGCACCGCAAAACAACGCUUCGGAACGUGCAGAGACCCCAGAAAUUGAACCCAAGAAGUCGGUUGACUCCGAGGACAGCAAGAAGCUGAAGAAUAAGCCUGUUAAUACUAGUAUCAAGAGCAUGUUCAGCACCAUCAAGAAGAAGAGCGAUAUCCCCUUGAAGCCGACUGGAGCAGAUCCAUCUGCGGUUGCUGCUGCACGUGCUGCUCUUGAGAGCAAGGUCAAGUCUCAAGACACUCUGCCUCCGCCUAAGGCCCCCAUCGCGCAUCGUCUGUCUGGCAUCAGGAAGAAGCCCGCGCCAGAGACGCCGGCUUCUACCGUCGAAGAGUCGAAACCAGCCUCAGCGGCUCUAUCCCAGAACGUGGAGCCAUCGGCCUCUGAGCCUGAACACCCUGCUCAGCAAGCACCUGGCUCGCCGGCGUACAGCGGACCACCACGGACUCGACGUGAUGCAGAGUAUGAUGCUCUUUCUAGAAUCGACACCAACGAGAAAGCCAUGGCCGAUCGUGAGUUCUCUUCCUUCGACCAAGGUCCUCUGGCGGACCAGCCUGCUUUUGUCCCGGCCGAUUCGCCUGUCUCGCCGGUCUCCCCCGUCUCGAGCAAGAUCACGGAACAGCCGGCGGGCCGUGAUAUCGAGACGCCGACUAACCCCCCUGCCAAAACGGAGCUAAGCUCCAUGUCGCCGCAUGACCGCUGGGCGCAAAUUCGUAAGACCGCUGCGGAACGAGCUGCUGCUUUCGAUGAGGCGCCCAGCCGAACCAGCCAGGCGGAAAGGACGGACGAUGGUGACACCAGUGGAGAAGAGACAAUCGAAUCGCGUGUCGCUCGCAUCAAGGCUCGUGUCGCCGAGCUGACUGGAAACAUGGAGGCCGCCCGAUGA